UUCUAGUUUUUAAUAAUCCCUGACGUCACUUGAAUUUAUGAAUUCAACAUGGCUACCAGUGAUACCGAUGAUUCUCUCUACCCGAUUGCCGUAUUAAUAGAUGAGCUAAGAAACGAGGAUGUACAGCUUCGUUUGAAUAGUAUCAAGAAGCUCGGAACUAUUGCAUUGGCAUUAGGAGUAGAGAGAACUCGGUCUGAGCUUAUUCCAUUUUUGACUGAUACCAUUUAUGAUGAGGAUGAGGUGUUAUUAGCCCUUGCUGAGCAGCUGGGAAGCUUCACCCCAUUGGUUGGAGGUCCCGAGUAUGUUCAUUGCUUACUGCCCCCUCUUGAAAGUCUCGCUACAGUUGAGGAAACUGUUGUCAGAGACAAGGCAGUUGAAUCUUUGAGAAUAAUCGCUGAUCAGCACAAUCAGGGUGAUCUUGAGAACUACUUUGUUCCCUUGGUCAAACGACUUGCCGGUGGCGAUUGGUUUACAUCUAGAACUUCAGCAUGUGGACUUUUUUCUGUAUGCUACAAGCGGGUCUCCACCAAUGUGAAGGCAGAACUUCGUCAGAAUUUCCGUAGCUUGUGUGCUGAUGACACCCCUAUGGUUCGCCGCGCAGCAGCUGGAAAGCUUGGGGAGUUUGCUAAAGUUGUUGAAUCUGAGUAUCUCAAGUCUGAUCUCAUUCAGCUUUUCAACAUGCUGGCACAGGAUGAACAGGAUUCUGUGCGUUUGCUGGCUGUUGAGGCAAGUGUUAGCAUUGCAUCAUUGCUCCCCUCAGAAGAUACUGAGCAGUUGGUUAUGCCAACACUCCGCCAAGCAGCUGAGGAUAAAUCAUGGAGGGUCAGAUACAUGGUAGCUGAUAAAUUUACUGAGCUACAAACAGCUGUUGGGCCUGAGAUCACCAAGAAUGAUUUAGUCCCAGCUUUUCAAAGCUUGUUGAAAGAUUGUGAGGCAGAAGUGAGAGCUGCUUCAGCACACAAAGUCAAAGAUUUUUGUCAAGCUCUUUCCCCUGACGUGCGCGAGCAGAUCAUAAUGACCAAUAUGUUACCAUGCGUGAAAGACCUGGUUGCUGACGCCAAUCAGCAUGUCAAGUCUGCUCUCGCAUCUGUAAUCAUGGGCCUAUCCCCAAUCCUAGGAAAAGACAACACUAUAGAACACCUCUUGCCUCUAUUCCUGACACAGUUGAAGGAUGAGUGCCCCGAAGUAAGACUAAACAUCAUCUCUAACCUGGACUGUGUGAAUGAAGUAAUUGGCAUUAAGCAGCUAUCUCAGUCGUUGUUACCAGCAAUUGUUGAGUUGGCAGAAGACACAAAAUGGCGUGUUCGCCUUGCCAUCAUCGAAUACAUGCCCCUUCUUGCUGGUCAAUUGGGGGUGGAGUUCUUUGAUGAGAAGUUGAACUCCUUGUGUAUGACAUGGCUUGUUGACCAUGUGUAUGCCAUCCGUGAAGCUGCGACCCUGAACUUGAAGAAGCUGGUAGAAAAGUUUGGUAAAGAUUGGGCCCAGCAGACAGUUAUACCAAAGGUCUUACAAAUGUCCCGCGACCAGAACUAUCUCCACCGCAUGACUUGUCUCUUUUGUAUAAAUCUGCUUGCUGAACCUCUGGGACAGGAUUUGACCACCAGAUUGAUGUUGCCUACAAUCAUCACUAUGGGAUCAGACCCCGUCGCAAAUGUCAGAUUCAAUGUUGCAAAAACCCUACAGAAACUAGCACCUCAUUUAGACCAGGGCUCUAUUCAGACUCAAGUGAAACCAUUAUUGGAGAAACUAAAGGCAGACGGUGACAUGGAUGUCCAGUAUUAUGCCUUGGAGGCUUUGGAAGGGCUCAAGUAAACAAGAGACAAGAUUUUAUUAAGUAUUUAUUGAACAAAGUGUGUCAAAAUUGGCUGUUCAAUAAACCAUGCCAGAUCUAGAUAUUCAGAAAUGAAUUGAUCAUCACAAGACUCAAACAUCAGUGCUUUAAAGUGGAAUAGUUGAACUUUAUAAGAACCUUUGGCAUUAAAAGAGAAAAGAAAGACCUAGGCUGUUUGUUUUUUAAAGUACUGGCGUUUCAUGGCUACAUUUGUGAUAUCAUUCUUUGUCGUACAUAGUCCAGAUUUCAUUCUCCACAGUUGUGGGGCUAUUUUUGUUUUAGAGUUAAAAAAAACUUGAAAUUACUGUUUAAAGGUUAAUGAUUGAUUUUUGUUUAAUGGUGAGAUGUCCAAAAAUUUAAAUAAAAUCACACAGGCUUAAUAUGUAUUAACUCUUAACAUAUAAUUUUCUAUAAUCAUAAAAAGUUAUUUUUUAAUAUACUUUUUAUUUGGACAAAGUGGGACAAUUUGUUUUACCUUUUAUAGUUAAAAUUCUCGACUGUAAACCUGGUUAACAUGUCUCCUACUGUUAUAUACUAAGAGUUGACACAAAAAGGUGAGUUUGCCAAUAUACAAUUGCCUGUAGUCAUCCGUCACACAUUCAUAGAAUAACCAUGUAUCUAUAGUUGUAAUCAAUUUUUGUUUAGUUUCUUUUCUAAGUCAAACUUUUUAACCUGACCUUUAUGUUUGAUAUUGUUUCCAUUUGUUUGUUUUCAUUUGUUGCACAUUGGUGUCACUCUUUUAGGUUUUUUAAAUUAUAAAAUAAAUUGUAAAAAUUUAGGAAUUUAAGUUUUUUAAAUUUUGUACAAUUAAAAAAAAUUGGUUUCAUCUUAAAAAAAGUAAACAAGCAAUGCUGUUGUUGAGUUUGUUUUUUGUUUUGGUUUUAAGAACAAGUUUUUUAUUUGAAAAUUUGAUGAGAUUUGGAUCAAGUCAAUAUUUUCCUUGUACAUCUGUUUUGAUAAAGUAAAUAACAUUUUUAGGAAUGUCCAUUUAUAACAAUUAAAGUUUGAAAUUUUC